CUCUCCCCGCCUUGGGUGGUGGCCGCUGCCUCGUCCCCGCUGCCAGGCACAGGGCGGAGGCGGCCGCGGCCCGGUGCGCAGACCGCCGCCGGCUCCCUUCUCGCGCGGCGCUGCCCGCUCCGCUCCGCCCCGCCGCGCCCCGAGCAGCCCCCGCGGCGCCGCAGCCCCGAUGCAGGCCAUCAAGUGUGUGGUGGUGGGCGACGGUGCUGUAGGUAAAACAUGCCUACUCAUCAGUUACACAACCAAUGCAUUCCCUGGAGAAUAUAUACCCACUGUUUUUGACAACUACUCUGCUAAUGUAAUGGUUGAUGGAAAACCAGUCAAUCUGGGUUUGUGGGAUACAGCUGGCCAAGAGGACUAUGACAGGCUACGUCCACUAUCCUAUCCACAAACAGAUGUGUUUUUAAUCUGCUUUUCCCUCGUGAGCCCUGCGUCCUUUGAAAAUGUCCGUGCUAAGUGGUAUCCCGAGGUGCGGCACCAUUGCCCCAACACCCCCAUCAUUUUAGUGGGUACCAAACUUGAUCUCCGAGAUGAUAAAGACACUAUUGAAAAACUGAAGGAGAAGAAGCUGACUCCCAUCACCUACCCACAGGGCCUUGCCAUGGCAAAAGAGAUUGGUGCAGUGAAAUACCUAGAAUGCUCAGCACUUACACAGCGAGGCCUCAAGACAGUGUUCGAUGAAGCUAUUCGAGCAGUUCUUUGCCCCCCUCCUGUAAAGAAGAGGAAGAGAAAAUGCCUGCUGCUGUAAGAGCCGCCCUCCCCCACCCCCGCCGAACCCCGUGUGCUUUGCUCGGAACAAUGGAGCAUUCACAUCCAAUGCCAAGUUCUUCUGUUAUGAAUUAGUUCUCUUCCGUAAAAUUUUUGAACCAAUCAACAAUUUCAUGGUUUCAUUUGUUUAAAGUAUGAAAGUUAAUUUUCAUUCUACUAAAAGCAAAAUCCUAAAAAGACAAACCUAUGUAAAGCCUUAUUUUUAAAAUCCUCUUCUUGCUCAAUUAAGUGUUGCCAAACUAUCUGCUGAACUAAGUUGCGUUGUUGUGCUAUAAACACUAAGCACUAAACUUUUUUAAAGAUUCCUCUUGAAGAUGACUCUAAUUUGUGUUAGGAAAUGCAAAAACACUUUAUAGUUUUUCACAGUAAGUAACAGUACAGUAUAAUUAGCAAAACAUUGCAGUCUAAUGUGUUUUAUUAAAUGUUUUCUCAACCUGCGGUCAUUGCCUACUGUUGUAUAUCAAACCUAGAUCAUUGACAAUGACUGACAACCUUGAGUCACAGUGUAAAAUGCUUUAUCAUUGGUAAGGGCUUGGUUGCAAUUUAGUUCUUGUUGCUGUGAUUUAAAAAAAAUAAAUAAAUAACUAUUCUUACUGAAGUGUAUCUACUCCUUUUGACAGCAUUGUAUUGUGUAAGUGAAACAUGGGGUUCAAUCAGAUGAUAGUGCCAGACAGUGUUUUGACACUGCACAGAUCAAUUCACACUACACUGUCAGGGUAGUUCAAAAUGAAUUGACUUUUUAUUACAGGUUAAAAAUUGGUGAAUGCUUUCCCAGACCUGCUGUAGUGGAAGAGAGGUUGAUGUUCAUAGGUAAAUUCCUUUAAAUUUCAAGUAGGGCAUUCAUUUAGUUACAAUUCUGAACCAGUCAUUCCCACAACUGUUGCAUAGUAAAUGCUUUUCUUGUAGAAUUUCUUCUUACUGAAUAAUAUAGCUUGCAUUUUAAAACCUUUCAUGAUAGAAUUCUGCUUUUUUGUAGAUUAGAAUUUUCAAGCAUAUCCUUAUUUUUGUGUUACUUCUGACCCAGUAAGUUAUAUGCUUUCUGAGGAGCUUUUAGUCUACUAACUAGGUGUAAAAAUCAUGUGAAGCACCUUUACAAGUUUUAGUAAUUUUUAUAUUUUAGACCUCUAUAAACUAUGAACCUUCCCAACUAUCACUAUUUGCCAGAUAUCCCAUACUGUAACAUUACUAAUGCAGACAAGUGUUCUUUGUCACCUACAUGUACAUGUGCAUCAUAGAUUGAGUAACGGUAACGUGGGUCUGUGAGGUUCUGUAAGUUAGUGCUAAUGUUCUGUACAUCCUAAACACUGGCAGGAAUACGAUGUUGAACUACACCCUUUCAACCACUAAAGCAAAACUUAAAAAUGGAGUUGCAAAAUUGUGAAGUUUUUACAUUGAUCUUUUGCUAAUGCAAUUAGCAGUAUGUUUUGCAUGUAAGACUUAAUAAAUCCUUGAAUCAA